UACGUGGACGACGCGUGCUUGUGUCGAUACCUGCGCGCGCGCAAAUGGAACGUGGACAAGGCGCUGAAAAUGAUCAUCGCGUCGCUUCAGUGGCGAGCGACGAUGAAACCGGAGGCGUUGACGUGGGACGACAUCGCCGAUGAGGCGCUCACGGGGAAGCAGUACAGAAGCGGUCGAGAUAAGCGCGGCCGCCGCGUGCUCGUGAUGCGCCCGGACCGCGAAAACUCGUACAACCACGUGGAAAACAUCAAAUUCUUGGUGUACACGUUGGAGAACAUUCUCUGGAAGUCUUCGCGCGAACGUGAACCUCGUGGCUCCAAGGCGGACCUGGCGCCCGAGCAAAUCGUCAUCUUGAUCAACUUCACCGAUUGGUCCCGCAAGAACGCCGUUCCGAUGGCGACGGCUCGCGAGACGCUCUCCAUCUUACAAAACCACUACCCCGAGCGCCUGGGCCUGGCCGUGUGCUUCAACCCUCCGACCAUUUUCCGCGUGUUUUGGUCCAUCAUCUCGCCUUUCAUCGAUCCCAAGACGUACUCCAAGAUCGUCUUCGUGAACAAGAAGAAGAAGGAAAAAGCCGCCGCCACCAUGGGCGCGGUGUUUCACUCGAGCGCCGUCGACGACGACAUGGGCGGCGUCGUCCCUUCCGCGUGGAAUUUCGACGUGUACGCCACGCACAUGCGCGAUUACGACGCCAAG